UUCAUUUUAAUCCGUACAACAUGGCCAACAUACAGAGAAAUAACACUACAGAAAAGUCUUCAAACAAUUUAAAAUUUUCAAGUCCAGGUACAACAGAAUCACGUAUUAGACAUUCUGCGGGUCGCAGAUACACAAUCUGAUAAUAUUCAGCAACAACAAAUGGGGUUGCAAAAUUGAUACAAUACAUCACAUUUAUUUAAAGAGAAACCACUUCUUUUCAUUUUAGAUCAAACAUCAAAAACUUUGGCUUUAGACGCUAUCAAGAAUUCCAUUAUUUUGGUUGCUCAGUCAAAUGAACCAAAAAAAUUUGUCAGGCCAAUAAAAGAAUUGGACAAAAGUGUAAACAAAGCGAAAGUCACUUAUCCUCAUGACGUAAAUAUAAUGCCAGGUUUAGUAAAUAAAUUACGUUAUCAAAUAGAGAGUGCAAUUGCCGAAGAAUCGUCAAAGGUAAGUUUCGCGGUCAAAACAUCAAACAGCAGUAAAAAAUACCGAAUAAGCUCACUGAAAUGCUCUACUGAAACAACGGGUAAUGCAAGCAAACAUGCAGUCAGAUCAUCUUUAUUGACCACAUCUGCCUAUGAUGGGGUACCUCAUUAUGGACAAUGGUCAAAUGGGGUUGUAAAAGAUAGGGAUUAUCCGGUUUUUAUGUCAAGGUUUAUGCCAAAAGGCUUUUCGGAAGAAUUAAAAGCAGCUGUAAAAUUACGCAGAAGUAAACGCGAAAGAAUAGACAAAAUGUGGUCAAUUAAAGAAGAAAACGUAUUUGGUAACAAAACUUCAAAUACUGUAAGCUCUGAUAUUAAUGGCUCUUUAGGUGACGAAGAUAGGGAUUAUCCGGUUUUUAUGUCAAGGUUUAUGCCAAAAGGCUUUUCGGAAGAAUUAAAAGCAGCUGUAAAAUUACGCAGAAGUAAACUCGAAAGAAUAGACAAAAUGUGGUCAAUUAAAGAAGAAAACGUAUUUGGUAACAAAACUUCAAAUACUGUAAGCUCUGAUAUUAAUGGCUCUUUAGGUGACGAAGAUAGGGAUUAUCCGGUUUUUAUGUCAAGGUUUAUGCCAAAAGGCUUUUCGGAAGAAUUAAAAGCAGCUGUAAAAUUACGCAGAAGUAAACGCGAAAGAAUAGACAAAAUGUGGUCAAUUAAAGAAGAAAACGUAUUUGGUAACAAAACUUCAAAUACUGUAAGCUCUGAUAUUAAUGGCUCUUUAGGUGACGAAGAUAGGGAUUAUCCGGUUUUUAUGUCAAGGUUUAUGCCAAAAGGCUUUUCGGAAGAAUUAAAAGCAGCUGUAAAAUUACGCAGAAGUAAACUCGAAAGAAUAGACAAAAUGUGGUCAAUUAAAGAAGAAAACGUAUUUGGUAACAAAACUUCAAAUACUGUAAGCUCUGAUAUUAAUGGCUCUUUAGGUGACGAUGGAGGAGCACAAAAAGUAACAAAUAAUGACGGGUUUGUGUCUGACCAAAGUCACCACAAUUCCAUUGUGCAUUCCUCAUCAUUACAACAGAUCUAAACCUAUCUGAAAGCGUGGCUUUCAGCUUACGGGCCAUUAUACGUGAAUGCCAGAAGCAUUGUUAAGUCCAUAGACUAUAGUAAAUUUGUAUAAAUUGUUGUAUAAAUUCUC